CCCGUCCCCCUUUGAUCUUUCUCUGUUGUCCUCCAGGUGUUAUUCGCGAUGGACAGAAGUUACAUCUCAGAAAAAGAGUCAAGCCAUGGCUCUGUUGGUGCAAAGGGCAACGCUAAUGCCUAUACACUCGACCAGCGUCGUCGAGCAGCCCUGGCUGAUGUCGACAAUGCCAAGUUCUCACGGUUCCACGCCAAAGUCGUCCUCGUCGCUGGUGUUGGCUUCUUCACUGAUGCAUACGAUAUUUUCGCUAUUAAUAUCGCGUCGGUGAUGCUUGGAUACGUGUAUGGGAAGGGCCAGGUUCUCUCCACGAAUCAAGACUUGGGAGUCAAGGUUGCAGCACCCGUUGGAACUCUCGUUGGCCAACUCCUUUUCGGCUGGCUCGCUGAUCUCCUUGGUCGCAAGCGCAUGUACGGUGUUGAAUUGAUGAUCAUUAUCGUCGGAACCUUCGCGCAGGCGCUUUCUGGCCAUGCACAGGCAGUGAGCAUAAUUGGUGCCCUGAUUGUCUGGCGUUUCUUCAUGGGGGUGGGGAUCGGAGGAGAUUACCCACUGUCUGCGGUCAUUGCAUCUGAGUUCUCUUCAACAAGAAUACGUGGACGCCUUAUGACUGCUGUUUUUGCAGCGCAGGGAUGGGGAAACUUCACUGCUUGUCUUGUUGCACUUAUCAUCGUAGUCGCCUUCAAGACUGCUGUCCUUCAUGACGACCCAACAAAUCUCAAGCAUAUAGACUAUAUGUGGCGUCUUCUCAUCGGUCUAGGGUGUAUACCGGGAUGUGUUGCGUUGUACUUCCGACUAACAAUUCCUGAGACGCCGCGUUUUACGAUGGACGUUGAACGGAAUGUGCAGCAAGCCGCAUCAGAUGUCGAGAACGUGCUUUCCAUGGGAAAAUUCGUCGUCGACCCAGAUGCCGUUGUUGAGCGUGUCGUCGCUCCCAAAGCCUCAAAGAGGGACUUCUCUGCGUACUUCCGGAAAUGGGAAAACAUGAAGGUCUUGAUAGGCUGUGCCUGGAGUUGGUUUGCCCUGGACAUUGCAUUCUAUGGUCUCGGUCUCAACUCUUCUAUCAUUCUGACUGCUAUCGGCUUUGGGUCUCCCUCAAAAGAGAUCACGGGAACGCAGAAGGUGUACCAAAACCUAUACAACAUCUGUGUAGGUAACCUCAUCCUCUCCGUCGCGGGUCUCAUCCCAGGAUACUACGCAACCUUCUUAUUCAUCGACAAAUGGGGUCGAAAGCCAAUCCAGCUCAUGGGCUUCAUCCUUCUCACAAUCCUCUUCGUCAUCAUGGGUUUCGCUUACGACAAACUCUCUGCCUCAAGCGGAGGCACUAAAGCAUUCACGUUCCUCUACUGCCUUGCAAACUUCUUCCAGAACUUUGGUCCGAACACUACCACGUUCGUCAUACCUGGUGAGGCGUUCCCGACGCGUUACAGGAGUACUGCACAUGGUAUCUCGGCCGCAUCCGGUAAACUUGGAGCCAUCGUUGCACAGGUCGGCUUCGCACAGAUGCGGAACAUUGGCGGACCGAACAAGUUCGUUAAGCAUAUUCUCGAGAUUUUCGCCUUUUUCAUGCUUACGGGUAUUUUCUCGACGCUUCUCCUCCCGGAGACGAAGGGUCGUUCUCUCGAAGAGCUUUCAAACGAGAACCAAGAAGGCUUCAUCGCUGGCGUCGUUGGCAACAGGCCCGCCGAUCGGGAGUCAGAGACCCGCGACGAGAAGCAUUAGGGGGCUAUACUCUCCACUUCACCUUUACAGCAUCCUUUUCUCCAGAGUUACAUAUUCCUUUCUUUCACCUUGAUUUAUUGACUGGAGUUUACGAUUAGGAUCGAGUUCCGAUGUUUUCUUUUACCUGUCUGACCUAGCAGAUGCUUGAUGUAUGACGGCUGUAAUAAUGGAUAAAUUAAUUCAUUUUUACCAACCUGCGCAGUUUGCCGUGGUCCAAAAUAGAUAUCCAUGGUUAGGUCAAUAAGCACUACAAUAUAACUGCAGCCUUCCCUUCCCUAGAUCUGUCAUGCGCGGGACAAAGGCACUUACUUGAAUACUUUAAACCUUUUCUCAUUGUCCCUCGUACCUUUUUCUACUCGUCUCCGCGGGUUAAGACUUAUUCUAAAUGAUCUGCAGACUGGCAGUUCCGUCUGGCUUUCUCCAAGAGGCAUCACUUACUGUGCAUCAAGUUGACCGAUGGCAUCGACUACGAGUUGUUCCCGUUGCGCAAACCACGCGUAGGAACCAGGGGUUGCUUGGCUAAGUGGCUCCAGGUGACGAUCCGUGACGAUCAUGA